AUGCUUUCCCAAGCUUGGGAUAAUAUACGAUGCUAUGCGGAGCUUUCCGAUACUAGGAGAUGCUGUACAGAUGAAAUGGAAUUGACCAAAAUACAAGAUAUCAAAAAUACAAGGAUAUCAAUUCGCUUACCCGAUAUUUUGGACGUGUUAAAAGUUGAAUGUGAAGCUUUGAACGAUAUACAAACCCGUGUAUGUUUUAGAUUGAAAGACAAUACAUAUAUGGUGAAACCGGGUAUAGUAGCAGGUGUUGAAGAUUUUGUUGAGACGUUAAGAGCAAAAGAUAGAGAAUAUUUGAAAAAAAUUGAACAACAACGUAAAAAAUCCCAACGAGAGGCAAAUAAUGAUAAAUCAGCAAAUAUCAAUCAAACACCUCCCUCACAACCAUUGACUGCUAAUUCUUCUGCUGGAUCUUCAUUAGCAUUGUUAUCGACCGAUAAUUCUCCCUCUACACCCACAAAAGCACUUCUAAGUAUCAAUGAUUGUAAGCAAUCAAUUAAUGAAUUUAUUGAAAAGUGGUGUAAAUCACAUACACCAGGUAUUUUAUUACAUGAAAGUAAUGAUUAUACACUAUUUGUCAAAGAAUCAAAUGUGCACUUGAAAUGCAAUUGUGGUAUCGAAAUGACAUUACCAUUUCAACGAAAAACAAAAACAUUUCAAAUUUCAUCUUUUUACCGACAUAUCAAACAGACAAAUUGUUCAGUGAUCAAACAAAAACAAAAUACUAAUGAACAACGAACAACAAAUGUUCAAACAAAAGAUGAUGAUCAAAGCGAUAUCGCAACUGUUGUUGAAGAUGUUGAUAAUUCACAAACUCAUCAUCUUGAUCUCAAGAGACGCGCUUGUUUUAUUUAUCCAAACACAAAUGAAUAUGUUGUUCGACCAGGCAUUAAAUACAAUAUUGAGUAUGUGACUGAAUUAUUGCGAAGAUUUCAACAAAAUUUCGAUAAACUAAAUAAUAAUGAUACUAAUUUAUUCAAGACAACAACGACAUGUUUACAAGCAAAUGAACAACCAGCUACUUUAUUGAAGAAUUUAAAUGAUUUUGUGAAUAAUAGUCGUGAACAAAAUGAACACCAACCAUUUCUUUUUGCAUUUCUUGAAAAUAUUAUAAAUAAUCUAGGUCGAUCUAAAAACAAUUACGAAUACAAUGAAUAUGUUCACCGGUUUGCAAUAACACUGCAUAUACUAGCUGGUAGCAACACGUACGAAUUUAUACGUAUUAAUUUACCUGGUGCUUUACCAUCUGUUAGUACUCUGGAGCAACAUAAUAAAAAUAUUGAUCUAAAAAUGAAUGAGUGUCAAUUUCAAUUUGAUCGAUUGAAAGGACAUCUUGAUACAAUUAAUUCGAAUUUUGUAUUUUUAUCUGAAGAUUGUAGUAGUGUGGUCAAUAUCGUACGAUCUGCUUAUGGAGCAGAUACUAAGUUAGUCGCCAUCGAUAUACUUCGUCGAUGGAUCUACAUUUAUGAACAAUGUAAAUUGAAUGAUAUACGUAUAAUUGGUUACUCAACUGAUUGUGAUAAUGGAAUACAUUUGGGAACAAAAAUUCGUAAUCGUUUGUUAUCUAAACGUGUACAAUUAUUUAUGGGAAAACAGUCUGUUGAUAUUACACAUCUGAGUAGUUUGAUCGAAAAUUAUUCAAAACUGGACCAUAAUCUUGUCCGUUCCGACAUAUUUCCACAUGAUAGACAGAAUUUUUCAUCAUGUUUGAAAAUUUCUUCGGUUGAUCAUUUAAAAAUUAAUUCUUAUAUGACAAAUGAAGGCAAUAAAGAUAAUUCAAAUCAAUUGACAACAAAAGAUGUAGAAGAAAUUGUUCAGAAAGCUUAUUAUAAUGCUAAAACAUUUAUCGAUCGACUAAAAAUGAAUAAAUUAUUGAAACAAAAUAAUAUAUAUAAUUUAAACGAACUAAGCAAUUAUGUUUAUAAACGUUUAUCACAAUCUCUAAAAACAGUUGAUUAUUCAAAAAUAAAAAAUGAUGAUAAAAAUGAUAACAGCAGUGGUGGUAGUAGUAGUGAUAAUAGUAAUAGUAGUAGCAGUGACGAUGAAGAUUCAGAAAUAUUUAGUGGCAGCGGAAAUGAAAGUGAAAAUAAUGAUGAUAAUAUGAUACUACAAUCAACAAAACAACAGUUUGAUGGUAUAAAACUAUAUGAUAGUAUUAAUGAAACAAAUAAACAAUCAUUCUUUCGCGUUUAG